AUGUCGAUACAGGACCAUUUACAGUCCUUUCUCUCGGCAGCAUCGAGCUCGCAACGAACAGUAGACGCCGACGAACAACUCAUAGGAUCACUCCAAGGCCACGUCAAUACCCUCCUCAAGUCUACCACAGACCAGCCCAGCUCGGUGACACUUACUGCAAGCCCAGAUCUCGCCAAGCAUGCUUCUUCUUCAGCUAGCCAUGUCUGGUCUCAAUUCCAGCGUUUCGUCUCGCUCAAUCGAUCUGUCGAGCAAGCAGGUCAGGAUGCAAUCGAUGACUAUCCACACGAGAUGCAAGCCUCGGCCGCUGAGCAUUGGGAUCGAAGCGACUACCAUCCAUCUCACCACUCGUCCCCUGCUGUAGCUGGGCUCGAAGACCACCUAGCUCACCUCACUGCUGCUGAUCCCCAGCUCGCAGAAAGCUUGCGUCAGACUGUUCUCGCUUCCCUCUCUUCUCCCCGUUCGGGAGAUGAGGUGUCAGCCGAGCUCGCAGAAGCCAUUGGCUUUCAACAUCUUGACUUGGUCGGUAGCGUUGUCAGUGAUCGUCAAACCGUGCUUGCAGCACUGCAGUCACACGACUCGAUCACAGCAUCACACCUGAACCGAUCAGCAGAUAUCUCGCAACAUCGCCCAUCACUGAUUGCACUGCCACAUCAUCAACCACAACAGCAGCAUCAUCAUCCACACGGCUCUUUCCAUCGUGGCGCUCGACCUUACCUUCCUGGCUCGCAAGUCGUUGUCCAGACACAAGGAGAGCGUCAACAAGCUCGCAGAUUCAAGAACGACCUUCGCAAAGGCAACCGUCAGAGAGCUGUCGACCCAAGCGAAAGUAUUCGCACCUACACACCAGAAGAGCUCGAGCGUAUCCGCGAAGAGAGUCUUGCUGCUGCUGCCAACCGUCCACUCUUUACCGGCACUGCCACUGGCGCCGAUGAUGUACGCUAUCCACACGUCUUCUCCUCUGCACCUCAAGGCAAUGUCCUUUCUGUCUUUGGUCAGAAGUUUGCCCUGCCACUCGGCACAGUACGUGAAGAGAAGCAAUUCUUUGAGCAAGUCACCAUCCCUCCACCGCGCACUGUUCCCAUGCGAAGCGAAGAGCGCUACAUCCCGAUUCCAGAAAUGCAUCCUAUCUGUCGCGGUGCGUUCCCAGGGUACAAGAGUCUCAAUCGACUACAAAGUGUCGUCUAUCCUUUGGCAUACAAGACCAACGAGAAUUUGCUCAUCUGUGCUCCUACCGGUGCUGGUAAGACCGACGUAGCCAUGUUGGCCGUGAUGCGCGCCAUCAGUCAGUAUGCUCGCAACUUGGAACCGACAGCAGGCAGUGCCGGCGCAGGCUUCGACAUUCGCAAGAACGAUUUCAAGAUCAUCUACGUCGCUCCCAUGAAGGCGCUCGCAGCAGAAGUUGUGCGCAAGUUCAGCAAGCGUUUACAAUACCUUGCUAUCAAGGUGCGCGAGUUGACCGGUGAUAUGCAGCUUACUCGCCAGGAGAUCGCCGAGACACAGAUGAUCGUCACAACUCCCGAGAAGUGGGAUGUGGUGACACGGAAGCCUACCGGUGAAGGCGAGCUGGCCACAAAGGUGAGGCUUCUCAUUAUCGACGAGGUUCAUCUGCUUCACGAUGAGCGUGGUUCUGUCAUUGAGACUAUCGUUGCGCGUACGCUGCGACUUGUCGAAUCGAGUCAGUCGCUCAUUCGUAUCGUUGGUCUAUCAGCUACAUUGCCCAACUACGUCGAUGUAGCUGACUUCCUUCGUGUCAAUCGAUGGCAGGGUCUUUUCUACUUUGACUCCUCCUUCCGACCUGUUCCGCUCGAGCAGCACUUCCUCGGUGUUAAAGGCAAAGCUGGCUCGCAGCAGUCUCGAGCCAACCUGGACAAGGCCUGUUUCGAGAAGGUAUCCGAGCUCGUUCAGGCCGGUCACCAAGUCAUGGUCUUCGUCCAUGCCCGAAAGGAAACCGUCAUAACAGCGCAAACUCUCCGAGAGAUGCUCCGCCAAGAAGCCAUGAGCGACAUCCUGCAAGCUGCAGCCGACGAGAAUCCGAAAAAGGCUUUCUUCAAGAAAGAGCUACAGUCUAGUCGCAACCGCGAGAUGAAGGAAUUGUUCGAUUACGGCUUUGGUAUUCACCAUGCAGGCAUGCUUCGUUCCGACCGUACGUUGAGCGAGCGUAUGUUCGAAGCAGGUGUCACCAGAGUGCUCUGCUGCACGGCUACACUUGCUUGGGGUGUCAACUUGCCAGCGUAUGCAGUCGUGAUCAAGGGCACAGACGUGUACGAUUCGUCCGCGGGCAAGUUUGUCGAUCUGUCCAUUCUAGAUGUUCUGCAGAUUUUCGGUCGUGCUGGUCGUCCGCAGUACGAGGAUCUCGGUGUGGGUUACAUCCUCACAUCGCAAGAUAGGCUCUCGCACUACGUCGAUGCUAUCACUUCACAGCAUCCGAUCGAGUCCAAGUUCAUCGGAGGGCUCAUCGAUUCGCUCAAUGCAGAGAUCUCGCUCGGUACGGUCGCUAGUGUGAGGGACGGUGUCUCUUGGCUUGGCUACACCUAUCUUUUCACGAGAAUGAAACGCACGCCACUCACCUACGGUAUGACGUAUGACGAGGUUGUUGAUGACCCGCAUUUGGGGGUCAAACGUCAGCAGCUCAUUAACGUCGGCGUGAAGAAACUUGUGGAGUGCAAGAUGGUGGAGCAUGAUACCAUCACUGAUCGUCUCAAGGUCACCGAUCUUGGUCGCAUCGCUGCAAAAUACUAUAUCGGCUAUAAGACGAUCGAGACGUUCAACGAGCGCAUGCGUAGCAACAUGAGCGAAGCCGAUGUACUCGGCCUUCUCAGUCAAGCUGCUGACUUUGAACAGAUCGUACCACGAGAUGCGGAGGAGAAGGAGCUCAAGAAAAUGCUCAAAGUUGCACCAUGCCAAGUCUCAGGGGGUAUCGAAACUUCAACUGGCAAAGUCAACAUUCUGUUACAGGCGUAUAUUUCGCGAACUUAUAUCGAGGAUUUUGCGCUUGUUUCUGAUUCGGCUUAUGUCGCUCAGAAUGCUGGACGAAUCAUUCGCUCGUUACUCGAGAUUGCUCUGAGUCGAAGAUGGGCUCCGACGGCAUCGGCUUUGAUCUCGAUGAGUAAGGCGAUCGAGAAACGUAUGUGGCCAUUCGACCAUCCUUUGCAGCAAUCGCAUCUUAAUCCGGAUACGCUCUUUGCGCUCACGGAACGAGCGGACGAUGUCGAAAUCGAGCAGCUCGCCGAAAUGUCACCGAGCGAAAUUGCAAAGUUGAUACGAGUCAAUGCAAGGAUGGCCAGUGCGGUCCGUCAAGUGGCACGAAGUUUCCCUCGUCUUGCCACCUCAGCUUCGCUUCGACCUCUCAGUCAUGAUUUGCUGCGUAUUGAUGUUCGCGUCGAUCGAACAUUCGACUGGAGCGAACGCGAUCUCGGUCGUCUACACGGCUUCUAUAUCUGGGUAGAAGACGAGGAGGGAGCAGAGAUUUUGCAGUGGUUGACGCAUCUUACGCGCCUUACCGACUCGCACACCUCGAGCGUAUCUUUCACCAUUCCACUACGAGAGACCUUGCCAUCGGGACUCAAAAUUCGAUGGAUGUCGGACAGCUGGCUGGGUAGCAAAGGUAGCGAAUGGAUUGCGUUUGACGAUCUGAUCGUACCGGGUAAACCACCAGCGCACGAUUCAUUGCUGGAUUUGCCGUUGCUUCCUGUGCGAUCGGCGUUGAGGGAUGAGCUGCUGUGCGAGAUGUACGCGCAGAAGUUGAGCGCGUUUAAUGCGAUUCAGACGCAAAGCUUCCAUACCAUCAUGUAUACGAAGGCUAAUACGUUGCUGUGUGGGCCGACAGCUUCGGGCAAAUCGACGGUUGCAGGGAUGGCGGUCUGGCGUGCUUUGCAGCAGGGAGAUAAGAAAUGCAUCGUUAUGGUUUACAAUAUGAGAGACCUCUUGGCUUCUGCACUUAAAACCACCCUGGUUGCAGCGCUGAAGCAGAAGGGGAUCGAGGUGAAAUGCACUUCGCUCUCCAAGCGAGUCAUUCCGUUCAUCUGCAACGAUAGUGUGGGGGCUAGAGUGUUGCUCACCACAUCGAGCAAUCUGUUGCGCGCACUGGAUGUAAGGCAAGACUUGGUAACUCACACUUCUUUGCUGGUUGCAGAAGAUUUGCAUCUGCUGGAUGCGAGCUACGAAUUAAUGCUGGCUAAGUUCAUGUGGUGUUCCGCUCGAGCACAUACCGAGGAUGGUGUUGGCAAGCCACGGAUAGUCGCGACAAGUGCGAGUCUCAACGAUGCCAGUUCGCUAUCAGCAUGGAUUGGAGCGGAUGAAUUUUCAACGUACAACUUCCAUCCCAAAGAUCGACCUUCAAUCCUCUCGACCUCUUUCCAAGCGUUCGAUCUACCGCAUUCCUCUGGUCUGCUAAAAACGAUGGUCAAACCGGCAUUCGACAAGAUGAAAGAGACUCGCUCUAGCGGGCCUGCUCUCGUCGUUGUCCCAUCCGUUUGGCAAUGUUUCACGGUUGCUUCGGACCUAAUCACAAAAGCGGCAGCGGAAAUGGAAGAUGGCUAUCUAGGUUUACCCUCAGAAGAGAUCGAAUCCAUCCUUCCGCACAUCUUGGACACAUCGCUCCACGAGGCGCUGGUACAUGGGAUUGGAAUUCUGACAGAAAAAAUGGUGCAUCAGGACCGAUCGCUGAUGGAACACUUGUACCAUCAGGGCUUAGUGAAAGUUAUCAUCACUUCUCGAGACUGCUUAUGGUCGGUCACACUUAGCGCGGCGUUAGUGGUAGUAAUGAGUACGCAAUAUGUUAGGAUUACAAAGGCCAAUAAUGCUGGUAUUUCCGAUCGGGAACUGGUAGACUACAGUCUGGCAGAGUUGGGUCGGGCGCAGAGUUUAGCUGUUCGACCCGGUACGCCGAGUGAUCCCAAUCCGACUGGGGAAUGUUUGGUGCUAUGUCAGACGGAUAAAGCUGGGAUGCUGGAGAAGAUGUUACAUACUGGUAUGCCUUUGCAUUCGACGCUGCUGCAGAAUGAACAUAAGCGUUCUCCCCUUCUGCCGAUGGUGCUGGGCGAGAUAGUGGAUGGGGUGGUGGAGAGGGAAGAGCAGGUAAUGGAUGUGUUAAGUUGGACCGUUUUGCCUGCUGAACUUAUGCGCAAUCCGACUUACUACGAUUGUCGCACUAACGAUGCUGGUUCGGUGAUGGCGAGGUUGACGGAAGUUGGGGGGGAAUGGUUGCAGACGUUGAGGGAUCUAAGACUUAUAGGAAAGGGUGGGAAACUAGAGGCGACGGAAUUGGGAAAAGCAUUGCAUCAACAGCCCGGAUCGACAUUGUUACAUGUGGUAAGAUGGUUUGUGAAUAUGUCGGCGAAACCAAAUAAGGCAGCUAAAGAGAUGGAAACUUUUAUCCCUACGCCUCGGCUUAAGGGCGAGAAGGAACCAGUGGAGGGCAGGCUGGAAAGGGAGGUUUUGGAAGCAACAUUGACGCAGGUGGGGGACGAGUGGAAGAGUGCAUUCCGUCUCUCCACCCAUCCCCGCCCCGAUGGGAAAGAUGGAGAAGAGAAGGAAGGGGAAGAGGGGGAGAAGAAAGAAGUGACUUAUGGACUCAAGCACAGACUUUUGCUCUGCCUCUAUUUUGCCAAGUUGCAACUCAUUACUCCCUCCAAAGCAGCAUUCUUAGGGCUUAGUCGGCGGGCGAGAAAGAGACAACAACAGCAAAAUCAGCAAAAUCAGCAAAACGAAAAUGGAGAGGACCAUGAUGAUGAUGAAGAAGCAAUCGCACCUUCUGCAGGUGGCGACGAAAAAGCUUUUGCAAGGGUGAUUGAGAGGUUGGAAGAAGAGCAAGCGGCUGAAGUUUUGGCUCUGUUGGGGGCUAUUAGUUCUGUUGGUGGUCGCAAUUGA